UAAUGGAAACUUUGCUGUCAUGGCGUCUGGCGGAUUUCAUACGAUGUGAUGCGGUUUGUUGAGUGGAGCUAAGUGCUUUUAUUGUCUUCUGUUGUGUGCGCCAUGAACCACAGUGACGGGAGCGCGUAAGUGCUCAUGUCCUAGUGCGGCUGACCCUUUCAGCCGUUAUUGACAGUGGAAGCUUCGAAUCGCAGCUCCACUGCGGCUGCCGGGUAAUCGCGUAUAUUUUGUUAGGCUUAUCGGUGCCCGCAUCUUCACGUUUUCUUUCGCGUCGCAUCGAUUCUACCUUCUGUCAAGACGCGGGAACAGUCGAAGCGGACGUCACUGCAGUGCCCGAAUUGUGGUGUGACACCUCAGCGCAACAGUUGGCCACGAACGGACGCAGCAGGGAUUUGCGGAGUGCUCGGUAGGAGUGACUGACUCUCCAGGUGAAAUCUCUUGGGGUCGCUCAGGUGGGCCUGUGUCUGUGCCGACGCUCCCUCGCAAAUGACCUCUGGAACCUAGGGGCACGGGUUCGUCGAUGUGUCUACGCGACUCUUAACACCGACAUGGCGUUCAACGAGAAGGUGGACCCGGAGCUGAUCUUCACCAAACAGGAGCGGAUCGGCAAGGGUUCUUUCGGCGAGGUGUUCAAGGGCCUGGACAACCGGACGCAGCAGGUGGUCGCCAUCAAGAUCAUCGACCUGGAGGAGGCGGAGGAUGAGAUAGAGGACAUCCAGCAGGAGAUCAUGGUGCUCUCGCAAUGCGACUCGCCCUACGUGACGCGAUACUACGGCUCCUACCUGAAGGGCACCCGGCUGUGGAUCAUCAUGGAGUACCUGGGCGGCGGCUCGGCCCUGGACCUGAUGAAGGCGGGCCGCUUCGACGAGCUCCACAUCGCUGUCAUCCUGCGCGAGGUGCUCAAGGGGCUCGACUACCUGCACUGCGAGCGCAAGCUGCACCGCGACAUCAAGGCCGCCAACGUGCUCCUGUCCGAGAUGGGCGACGUCAAGCUGGCUGACUUCGGCGUCGCCGGCCAGCUGACCAACACCACGAGCAAGCGGAACACGUUCGUGGGCACGCCCUUCUGGAUGGCGCCGGAGGUCAUCAAGCAGUCGGCGUACGACUCCAAGGCUGACAUCUGGAGUCUGGGCAUCACAGCCAUCGAGUUGGCAAAGGGCGAGCCACCGAACUCUGACCUGCACCCAAUGCGUGUCCUCUUCCUCAUUCCCAAGAACAACCCACCGCAGCUGACUGGAAACUACAGCAAGCAGUUCAAGGAGUUUGUUGAAGCCUGCCUCAACAAGGACCCAGAGAAUCGACCAACAGCGAAAGAACUGCUGAGGUUUCCAUUCAUCCGCAAGGCAAAGAAAACCUCCUAUCUAAUGGACCUUAUAGAGAAAUAUAAGCGAUGGAAAGCAGCUGGGGGUGGCCAAAGCGACAGUGACUCGGAGACAUCUGAUUCGGAUGAGUCCAAGAUGAACGAUACAUGGAAGAGCCUACGUUGGGACCUGGGCACAGUCAAGGCACCUCCUGGAUCACUUGACCUGCGUGGCUCUCCACCCGACAACUACCGAACCAAAGGCGGACGCCUCAAUGGCGAGAGCUCCCCAACAGCAGUCGGCAUGCUGCCUUCCUCGGACGUUAUCUACAGUCGCACUCCUGAGCCAAAGCUGGCCUCGUCACCUACUCGGCCAUCAAGCAUGGCUCCCAUGCCGCCUUCAUCUUCGCCGUAUCGGUCAUCAUACGCCCGUGACCAGGGUGAUGUGUCCCCGGAUGGGGACAGCUCGCCUCCGCUGGCCAGCAGCCCCAGCAAGGAGCUGCGCAACCAUGCGGUGUCACCCGAGCCCACCUCCCAUAGUAGAAGCAGCAACAGCAGUAGCGGCGGUGGCAUUGGUGGCAGGGACUCCUCCUCUUCCCUCGGCAGCUUGCAGUCACCGCCUGCAUCACCUACCAAGUCAGCGUCACCUGCAUCUCCACGAGUUAAUGAUGCAAGUGGCAGCAGUGCCAUUGAGCCUCUCCUGAACGAGGCUCAGAGGAGGCAUAAGAACAGCCACCGCAACUCCGGCGGAGAACUCACUGAGGCAGUUGAUGAACUGCGAGAUGCAUUCGAGCGUGCUGAACGAGCUUGCCCAGGCAUUUGCGAUGUCUUUCUCUGCGAGAUGCUGCACCGGCUUGCUCCUGGCCUGAGCCUCCACCGGAUACAGGAUGCCCUCCAGCGGCUAAGGGAAAGCGCAUAAUGAUUCCUCGACACCGGCGUAGCCAUGGCAAGGGUAUCCACGCAUUGUAACGACCACUGCACUUGCCACAGCAGUUUUGCUGGUUCCCUCCAAUGAGCAGCAGCGUCUGCAACAGUGGUGACCAUUUGCACGAACGCACAGCACGUGCAAUACCGGUGCCCAAUGCCAACAAGCCUGCAGUGCUCCCUUCUGUCUCCUUUGGAGUGAUACGGAUGUGUCUGGAACCGGUGUGCACCCAAGAAAGAAGCAGCCAACCAGUGAACUAACAAAUGAAAAAUGAGGUUGCUUUGUUUAAAUGAAGGUGAAACAGGUGCCCGUUUAUACCUGGUGCAGAAUCGUAGCAACCUGAGGCCCCUUCCAACGUUCCAGCUUAAAGUCGUGCCCUCCGACGCAGGGGAUCAAAAGGAGGAACGAAGUUGGAAAACGCAAGACAGGCCCCUGUUGCCAUUGUCAUUAAGGACAGCAGUCCUCAACCAUGCCCUGCUGUUUUUUUUUUUCCCCUGUUUUCUCUGCCUGUGAAAUUUUCAUGGCUGUUGAAAGGGGUGUCGUGAUGCCACAGGGACUACGUCAUCGUGACAGUUACAUUUUACAUGCUAGUGUCACUGUCAGCCUUUUUGAUCACAUGUGAGAAAAAUGUGGCUGGUAGUGCAGUUCCGUUGAUGCGGAACAGCACACCUGAGACGAGACAAGCCUUGACAUUCUGGCAAGGCUGGACUUUUCCUGUUCCUCCUCACUCCACCUUCUGAUGGGGCACCUAGCUCUCCCCCUUGCCAGCGGCCUUCGCUUUUCUAGUGUCUCCAUGUGACAAGAAAGCCCUGUUCUGUUAUUUAUGUAUAUUGGCCAGCCAGAACAGUGUGUUAGCUGCUAGAUUGAUCAUUGCAGCAGUGGGUUUCCCAGAAAGCAAAAAUUUUCGUUUCAGUUUGUAAGAAAAGAGGAAAUGGGAAUUUCCACCUGGCUGGAUACCGUCACCUGUGUACUUCCUUGCCACUCUGAAGAUUGCGGUGUGACUGCGCUGUGUCAAUUGUGCAAGUGCUGCUUGUAUGCACGUGCGUCACCUUUUGUGCAGAGGUAGGUCAAGGGAGUGCAAGGCAGAAGAUAAACCAUGAAAUGGUCAUGCAAAGCGCACACACGUGCUUCUCUUCCGGUGAACAUGGACAUGUAGACACAUCUUUGCGACCUUGUGUGUGAUUCCUGUAUGAGAGCCACCCUUUGUCACGUACAACAGUCUUCCUUUCUAGCUGAAGCAGCGCAUCUUGUCCUUUGACAUCCCACUUCACUGUGCUCUUUCUGUCCUAGUAGCACACGCAAGCUGGGCCAUCCUGUAGAAGUGCUAACCUUCUUUUAAUUGUGGGAGGUUACGCGCUGUGAUGCCGCUAGCCACACUUCACUUGUGAAUGUCUCUCCUCUUUCCUUCUGUUGCCUCAUCCCGAGUAAUGAGCACACCCUCUCACUGAAGUGUACUUAAUAAUGGCUAAAGAGGACAGGCGUGAAGUACAGGAUGCAAGACUGCAAAGUCAUAAGGAGCUUAGGUUGUCACGAUCUUUUCCUCUCCCUACCAUGUUUUUUUCCCCUCUUUAAGGCUGAAAGCAAGUUCUCAGCUGCAGCAAAAUACAGUGGCCAACUGGCCACACAACACCGCUUGUACAAGGGGCAAUAUUUGCUGUCUUUCACAAGCUGCUGUGGCCUGUCUGUGCCCUUGAUGCCUAGCUCAGCGCAAUGCACUUGUUCAAACACCAACAGCAAUCCAAGCUGACUCGUCUUGUCUCGUGACGCAUACUUUUCGCGAUGACAUAUCAUACUUGUUGAAGACGGUCAUGAAGCUCUAGUUGUUUGUACAGCAUCGAGUAAGCAGAAUGAAAAAAAAAAAAAAAGUUAUUUUUUUGUAAGUUGAGCAAGCAGUGAAAAAAAGACA